UCCUCUUAAGAAGAAGGGGAAAAAAAAAAAAGGACUUCCCUUUUCUUCUUGCUUUCCACCCACAAAGUAGAAUCUAAUUGGCUCAUCAGUUACAUAUGUAAUGCAUGAUAAGACAGGAUUCUCUAUCACUUUUUGUUUUUUGUUUUGUUUUUCUUUUUGCCAAAAAAAAAAAAAAAGAAAGAAAAAACCUCACUGCUUUUCCAAAGUCACAACUCUCACAACCUUCAGUUUUAGCAUGACUCAGCGUCUGAACCAAAACCCAGUUAGCUUACUGAAGUAGUAGGACAAUCUUAGAGAGAGAGUAAAGAGAGAGAAUUAUGGGGUGUGUUGUGUCUAAGAAGUUGGGUGAUCAUGAUGAAGUAGAAGAAGAAGAAGACGUGGUAUUGGUUUGUAGAGAGAGAAAACGCCUCAUGAAAAUGGCUUUAGAGAGAAGGUCUGCGCUUGCUGAUUCACAAUGCAAGUACAAUUACUCUCUUUACACUUUAUCAGCCGCUUUAACCCUCUUUGUUUCUCGUUACUCUUCUCCUUCUUCUCCUUUUCUCAUCACUUUCAAUCCUUCUUCCACUUCUUCUGAUCCUGACAAAACCAUUCCUUGUGAACAAGAACAAAAACAAAGCCCAAAUCAUAAAGAAGAAGAACAAGAAGAAGAAGAAGAAGAAGAAGAAGAAGUUUUUUGUGACCAUUUUUAUGGUAAUGAGAUGGGAUUUUCACAAAUGCCAUUUUCUUCAUCACCGAAGAGGGAUUUUCAAUGGGAUUUCUUCAACCCUUUUGAUGGGGUACCAAGUCAUGAGAGAUUAAUUGAUGAGGAAUUGAGGGUGGUGAGAGAGGAAGAAGGGAUACCAGAUUUGGAAGAGGAUGGGGAGAGAUUUGCUAGUGAGGAGAAGAAGGGUGAAAAUGUCAAUUUUUUUGUUGGUGAAAGUGGUCAUGACAAGGGAGAGCAGAAGUGUUUGAAGGUGGUUGAUACUCCCAAUGAUGGGAGGGAACUGUUGGAAGCAUUGAAGGAUGUUGUGGACCUCUUCAUUAAAGGCUAUGAUUCUGGUUUGGAAGUUUCUAGAAUGUUAGAGACCAAUAGGGUUCAAGUUCAAUCCACCUUAGAGGAAAUUAAAGAAAAUUCGAAUAAGCUCAUCCGGUCGAUUACCCGAAGCCGAUCCACUUCUUCCACCUUAUCUUGGUCUUCUUCUUGUAAGAGCCUGCUUACUUCUAGCUCCAAAAGCUCUUCAACAUGGGCAGAUCAAUUCAAGAGUGAUGUUUUUGAUGGUAAUGGAGGAAUGGAAUCUGGGAGUCACUCUCUCACACUAGGAAGGUUGUAUGCUUGGGAGAAGAAGCUCUAUGAGGAGGUCAAGUCUGCUGAGGAAACAAGGAAAGUUUAUGAGCAAAAGCGUUCCCAACUAAGAAAUCAGGAAGCUAAAAGGGAUGGUCUAAGAGAUGAUAAAACUGCAGCUGAAGUCAAGCAUUUAUACACCAGAAUCUUGGUUGCCAUAAGAAGUGCCGAAUCAAUCUCCGAAAGAAUUCAAAAACUGCGAGAUCAAGAGUUGCAACCACAACUCAUUGAGCUUCUACACGGAUUAAUGAGGAACUGGAAGGCAAUGCUUGAAAUGCAUGAAACCCAAAAGAAAAUCAUGUACCGAGUGAAAUCCUUCAAUUGUCCAGCCUAUGGGAAAUUCUGCAACGAUUCACACCGGCUUGCCACGCUUCAGCUCAAGGCAGAACUCGAAAACUGGCAUUCUUGCUUUGCUGCAUUUGUCUCUUCACAGAAGGCAUACAUUGAGGCACUCAGUGGUUGGCUGUCGAAGUUUGUUAUUACCCCUCAAACCGAACUAUGCUCGAAUGGAUUCAACGCGCCGCCGUUACUUACAAUGUGUCAUGAUUGGUUGGUUUGCCUUGUUAACUUGCCAGACAAGGCAGUGACUUAUGCGAUGAAAAGCUUCCGAAAGGACAUCCGCGCUUUGUUGGUUAAGCAAGGAGAAGAGCAGCAGCAGAAGAGAAAGGUUGAUGGACUUGCCAAAGAGCUUGACAGUAAGGUUGUGGCGCUCCAAAGGGCGGAGAGGCGAGUGCUCGAGUCAAAGAUCUCAGGUCAGGAAGGGGAGAUCCAUGUAAGAAACCGAAUCGAGUACUUGACUCAGAAGAAGGAGCAAUUGGAAAUGUUUAGAAAGAGGGUGGAUGUGGAGAAAUUGAAGCAUCAAAAUAGUAUGCAAGAGACGCAACAAAUAGCUAAGAGUGGAUUGCAGACAGGAUUUUCUGCACUUUUCGAGUCAUUGGCUGAGUUCUCACAGGCUGCAGUGAAAAUGUAUGGUGAUCAGCUUGUGACAUUCAGUGAAAAUGCAGUGGCAUGUGAGAAGAAUAAGCUUUGAGAACCUUGACUGAAGGCAAUGAAAACAUGUGGUAGAACAAAGGUUUUCAGACUUUUUAUACUUAAUUAAAGUUGCAGUUUUGGGACAUGAGCUUUACAUGAAGGAAAAAUUUGAGUUUAAUUAGCAAUCUCAU